AUGCUGUCAUUUGAAGGAAACUCUCAUUUUGGAAGAAUUGCCCAAGGUUUGUAUCACAUGGCAACCAUUUUGUUUUUUUCUAAAUAAAGUUAAUUAUAUAUUGAUAGCAUAUUGUCAUUUUCAAUAGUACAUUUAACAUUUAUUUCGUUUAUUUAAUUUAUUCUGUUUAUAGACAAAGUACCUAAGUAUGUACAUUAUUUAGUCUUUUCCGUUAUAAUCGUUGACCGUGGAUUUUUCGAGAUGGAUGUCUCAUUUGAAAAGUAAAUUUAUUUCUAUAUUAAAGCAUAAUGGUCAUCACGUAAGUAGGUACCUAAUUAAGUGAUCACUGUUUCAGUAAUUAUAAUUUGUCAUGAUAAAGAACGAUUUCUCAAAUAUCAUUAUAGCUAAUCUUUUAAGAAAUGUGUAUUUGAACGGACUUCAAUAUUUUUAAAGAUUAAAAAUCAAUUAUUCGAUUUGUAAUUUAAUAAUAAUACAAAUAUUUGUUACGUAUUAAAAUGUAUUAAUUAGUAUAAGUAGAUACACAUGAUGUUAUUUAUUCUGAUUCGCUCUAAAAACUAAUUUAAAAUGUGUGGUUUUUAUAACUACUUUUAAAAUGUUCAAUGUGAACAGUGUGAACCUUAUAUCUAAUAACAGUGCUCAAUUAAAAAAAAAAAGAAAAACAAUAUUUUGUAACCAUUAAGAAACCAGUUAUCACGUGAUUGAGCAUAAAAUACUUUUUACGACACGAUUGAGCAAAUUUGUCGGCGUUCAUGGAUUAGAAAUACAAAAAUUAUUUUCGAUUGAACACAAAAAAAUUCUGUAAUAAAUAUUUUCAUUUAUCAUGUUAAAAGAUUCAUAAUUGCAGAAAAAAUAUUAAAUUAAAUAAUUACAGCAAUACAGAUAUGAUAUGAGUUAAAAAAUGUAUCUAGAUAUUUCAUAAUUAUUACUUAUUGAUAGUUUUACGAAUGACCGAAAACGAAAAUACUGAUGCAUAAAAGGGUAUAAGGGGGGGAGGGGCCCACGAUCAUUUUUACUAUCUCUAAGGGGUCCGACGGAAAACAAUUUUAGGGAACCUUGAUAUAAACAAACGGUUCAUUUAUAUACAUCUAUAAUAUAAAGAUGACGGAUUUCAUUUUAUUGCUAACAGCAAUGAAGUCACGGAAAAACUAGAAUUCUCUAUCGAGGUAUUUAAGAUUAUUGAAAAUGAUAUUGAUAUUGAAGAACUGACUGAUAACCAAGUAAAUAAAUUGCCAAAACUAAUGACAUCAUGGACAGAACUAAUGCAGAAAGAGAUGAAUACUCUAAAAGACAUUGAAGUAAGCAAUAAUGGAAAACACCGAGAUAAUUCACUUCAUAAGUUUAUUUAAUAAUUAAGCUCAAAAGAGACGAUCAUGCUUGGGUGGGCCACUAUUAUAGGUGAAAAGUUGGUAAAGUACAAUAAAAUAUAAAGGAGAAUCUAAUUUAUAUCUGUACGCAACGAUAAAACAUUGUUGUUCUUAAUUAUUAUAAGAACCACUUGGAAUAUCAAAAAAUGACCUCUUUAAAGUACCAACUAGAUCAAAUACGUUUUAUACGUUUUACGUAUAAUUUUCUUUCGGGUUUUUCCCAUUUAUUUUGAAAACCCUUUGGGAAACCAAAAAAUGGCCAUUUUAAUGUACCAACUGUACAAAAUUAUCUUUCAGAACAAGUUCUACACUCUAUACAUCGGAGCAAGAUUUUUUUUCGAAAAAAUUUUUACAGACACAAAAAAAUAAAAAAACAUCAUAGUAUAAAACCAUGAAUUUCCUUCUAACAUUUUGAAUCUAAAAUACAAAAUAGACAUCAUAGUAAAACCCAUAGAUCCCUUACUACGCUCCCAAUAUAAUAAAAACAUCAUUGCAAAACCAAUACAUUUUUCGCUACGCUAAAAUCUGUAAAACUAUAAGCUUCUUCAAUCCACUCAGAAUCUAAAAUAAUCAAAAUAUAAACAGUUCAUUAUUCUUGAAUAUCAGCGUCUUACCUAAUUUACCUGUUUCUGAGUAAAUUGAAGAAGCUUAUAGUUUUACAAAAAUGUUUAUUUUUUACGUGGACAAGUUUUUUACCAGAAGAUUUCUUCCGAUUUUUACAUGUAGAAACUUUUCUGAAAGUUUUACCUGAAGUCAUUUUUCGAUUUUCUCAAGUCUUUUCAUCAAAACCAAGAAACUAAAAAAAAAAUUUGGAAAAUGUACAAAAUAUAUUUGUAUAAUAUUGCGAUUUUUUUUUUCUGUGAACAACUUUUUUUACUAACAAUUUUGCUCCAACUUUUAAUAAUAGCAAUUUUUCUAAAAGGAAAUUUCACAAAAGAGGUACUUCAAAGAGGUUGUUUUUCAAUUUUCUCCGAAGUUUUCUCAAUAAAUAUGAAAAACCAAAAGAAAAACGGGAAAAUAUAAGAAAUAUAGGUAUUAGCUAAAAAUAUUACGGUCCUUCUUUUUCCUGUGGACAAUUUUUUGACCAGCAAUUAUGCUUAUUAUUAACUUAUAACGAUAGAAAUUUUUCAGAAAGGAAAUUUCACUGUUGUGGUACUUUAAAGAGGUAAUUUUUUGAUUUUCUCCGGAAUUUUCUCAGCGAAUGUGAUAAACUGGGAAAAUACAUGGGAAGACCGAGAAAAAUAUAUAUAAUAAUAUUAAACAAAUAUUAUUAUAGAAUACAGAGCUUAUUUAAUUAUUUUACUAUAAUAUGGCAUAUAUAUUGUUGAUAAAGCAUCACUAUCAAUUGAACUCCACUCCUUACAGAUAUACAACAAAUUCGUGUCUGAAUCCUACCUUACCAACUUCCUGCCUAUACCAAUGGUUGCACCCGUCCCCAUUAUCUUACCAACUUUUUUUAAAUUUGAUUAGGAAGGACAAAUCGAGAAAUCCGUUGUUACAGAAUAUAAAUUUUGGAACACACGUUAUACAAAUUUCAAAACAAUACUGCAACAAUUCACCUCUGAUAAAUUGGUUGCAAAAUACAUAAAAACUGUGAAAAUGCUAAACACUGAAAUAGCUCAAAAUAUUUUAGGAUAUUUUUACGAUACUAAGAGCAAAUUUGAAAUAAUUUACGAGACUACUGUAAAAGAAACUAAAGAAAAGAUUGAAUUAAUUUACGAAGGGAUUUUUGUAUGUGAUUAUUUUAAUUUUUCUACAUACUAUGACGCAGAUUAAUUUAGAUUUAAUAAUAUUUUAGGCAAUAGUCAUGGCACCGUUGUCUGUUAUCAAUGAAAAUACUACACCUUUAUACAAUAAUCUAAUUUUAAUGUGGUUGACGUCGAGUUUUUAUAAAGAAAAGAAAAAUAUGGAACGCUUACUCGAGUUGAUUUCCAAUUUAAUUGCUGAUCGAAUUUCUACUAUUUUGAGUAUACCUGACAUAUUUCGGUUAUUAUCAUUUUAUUGUCAUAUUAAUAUUAUACUAGCUGACCCGUCAAUGUUUUUUUUAUUGUUAGAUCAUUUUAUAUUAUUGUCCUGUAUAUGUCAUUGUUUAAAAAAAAAAAAACAGCUGAAAAAUGUAUACCUAAUCCAUCUUAAGUAAUAUAAUUUAAGUUUCAAUUAAAUUAAGCAAAAAUUUCACAUCAAAUAAGAAUAUUUUUUUGUUUUUUUUGGCUGUGACACAAUCAGUUCGUUCAUUGUAUGCUUAUGCUACACAUUUUUUUUUUUGUUUUUUUUAACAUCCAUUUUACCAGGAUACCUGACCCAUAAAUCAAAACGAAUAAUUUUGUAUUAAAAAUACAUAAAAACUCAAUUUUAAUGGAUGGCACUUUCUCCGGAUAACGUAGAACAUUUUACCAAAAACCUGUACUGAUAGCUGACACUGCCGAUGGAAAUACCACUAUUGUAGAUUAUCUAUGAUAAUGUUUACCGAUUUAUAAAAAAAAAAUCCAAAAAUAACGGAAAACAUUAUUACGUAAAUUUAUCCUGUUUUUUUUUUUUUAACUAUUAAAAGCAUGACAGUGUACUAAUUAGACACAAUUUACUAAAAAGAAAAUACACCCACCUCCAGAAAACAACAUGGUUAAAUUCAUACUGAAAUUCAGCCAAAACUUCAAUCCGCGUAUAAAAAUAUUCUAAUUUCCGAGUUAUUUUUAUCAAAAGGAGUCGCUUAACAUUUCCAAAAGUAUUGGAAACAAUAUGUGUAUAUAUAAAAUAAUACAGAUCAAUAGUCUAUAUUUUCGGCAAAAUUCGCUAUUCUAUUCUCUAUUCCGGAUAAAAUUGAACUGCUUCCGUGUAUGUAGAUUGAGGCGUUGAGUGAGUCUAUACUCCCUAGUCGGUGCCUUAGGGGGAAUCAUCAGGAAGUGAGCACGAUGAUCGAUGGUGGUGGUAGUGGCGGCCUAACCAAGUCGAUGAAGCGAUGAUUGCUAACUGGGCCUUCCUCUGAUUCCUCUUGAAUAUUAUGUUUUUUGUUUUUUGUUUUUUUAAUAUUUCAGAUGAAAAAAAAUUAUAAAUUAUUAAAAACCAAAGUAAAUAUGAUGACAAAUAAAACAAAUUUAAAAAAUAGUAGCAAAACUAUAAUGCUACAUACCUAGAUAUAUAGGUACAUAUUGAAGAGACAAAAGUUAAAACAUAAAGUAUACAUCUUCACAUAGCUUAAAACAAAAUCUAAUAUAAAAUAAUAAUUUCGUACAAUACAUUAUAAUACGUCAAACCACUCAACUUCAAAUAAGAUGCAAAUCUAUAAAAUAAAAAUAUUUUAAUAUAAAGUAUACUUUUAUAUUAAAAUAUUUUGAAUAAAUCAGUGCCCAUGGUCGUAAUUCGGGUAUACAGUUUUGACGGAUAUGAAACAUACAUAUUUAUUUGUUUUGUUUAACCCUCCUAAAGAAUUAAAACUUACGCAUUUUUAUACUUAACAAAGAGGACUUGAGCAAACGAGAUGGAUUGGGUGACCCUUAUAUCUCUAAUUUUACCUAUGUGGAGGGAGUCAUUUUAUUAAUUUAGCCGACCAAGUAAUGUCGAGCCAGGCCGCUGGGUAGUGGGAUGAACGUGAUACGUUUUUGUCGUUUGUACGAUUCAAUAUUAUCCUGAAUAGAGUAUAAAAACAAGUAUAUGUAAAAUAUUCGUUUAUAUUAUAAAUAUACUCGUGUAAUUAUUUUAAUUUACAAUUUAUUUAACCAAUAUUCAAAUAUUAUAAAUUAGAUGCAUUAACUAAUUUAAUAUAUUUAUCUUAUAGAUACACAAAUAGUAACCCUUUGUUGAUUAUAAGAAAUGUUUUAAUUAUUAUAAACCAUUGGAAAGACAGAUAUAGUCAAUGCCAAAAGAACAUCCAGAAAAUAAGCGAAAAAUUCAGAAAAUCUUGGGCUUGGAAGUUUGAUGAAAAUAUUAUAUUUAAGAAAUUAAAUUUUGUGAGUUUGGUUGCAAAAGAUUUGGCUGAAAUAAUUGAGGUAAAAUUAAAUAUAAAAAUGGUUUAUUUUAUUUACAACGCGUACUUAAAAUAUCUUUAUGCAAUAUGAUUGUUUUAAUACACUGUGCAGAUCAAACAGCAAUUCGAUUUUAUUUACCCGCAUUCUAAUUUCAUUAAACAACUAUGCGAUGUUGAUAACGAUAAUAUGUACAAUAAACAGAACAUGAUGAAGGACACGAUGAGUAAAUUUAAAAAUUGCAUUGUAAAUAAUCUGUAUAGUAAUAUCGGUCUACAAAUGGAAUCUCCUCAAAGUGCGAUUAAAGGGCUCAAAGCAUUACAAAUAAUGGAGAAAUACGAUAUAAUACGAAAUGAUAUGCACAGAAAAACACAUAGUUCAAAAUACUCUAUUAUUAUUGAAAACCUCACUGAUGAAAUCAAUAGUUUUCACACACAAUUCAAGGUGAUAUUAGAUGUAAAUACAGUGGUGUUCUCGACUUCCCUUAGGGUAUACUACAUAUUAUAUACGCCGUAUACUCUCAACACUUUGUUGAAAAAUCACGGGUAUACUGAAUAUAUUCUCAAAUAAUUAAACAAAAAAAUCCGUCAUAAUAAAUUAUUAUCAUGACCCGUUCGGCCAUUCAUACCACUAUAACUACUUAUGUCACUAAAACCGAAACAGUAAUAAAAAUUAUAUUUAUUUCAGUAAUUAUUGUAACUGAAAAUUUCACAAUUUUCUUACAAUAAAUAGUAAUUUAUUUUUAGAAAUGUAUAGUGUUUUUUAUAGUAAUUUUAAUUUAUAUUUUGUAUCAUUAUUUUCCUAUAAAUAAUAUAAUCCACAAGUAAGAUAUAGAACUGGGUGAUGCAGUAUACUCUCAAAAAAAUAAACGGGAACACUACUGGUUAUGUAUAAUUAAAAUUACAUAUACUCACAAACUACACAGUUAAAUUAUGGUAAUUAAUAAAUAAUAAUUAUAUUGAAUAAAUAUUACAGUCAUUCAAAUCAUCCCCACAAUUAUUGACCAAUGUACCUUUAAUAGCAGGAAACAUAAUUUUAGUGCAUGAUUUACAUAUAAGAGCUAAAGAGAUUGUUAAAGUUAUUGAAUUAGCAACUCAAAUUCCCUCUGUACAAAAAAACAAAGUAUGUUUACAUGUUCAAUAUGAAAAUAUCAACCGAAACAGUUUAAUUAAUAAUAACACACUAGAUAUUAUCAACGUAUGGACAUUUUUGUAAAGAAAUCUUUGCUUAUGAAAAUAAAUUAUUUUCCGAAUGGUUACGAGAUGCUCUUGAGAUUCAAAGAUGUUCUAUGAAAGAUGCUUUACUCAUUUUUCGAGAUAAUACUCUAGGAGUAGUAUUUAGUGUACGUACACGUUAAUAUUACUAAUAUUAUAUAGGAAGCUACCUACUUUUUGUUUAUAAACAUUUGUAUUGAACAAUAUUUACAGAAAGAAUUAUUUUGUGUCAUGGAUACCGCACUAAAACUAAACCUUGAUUAUGAUUUGCCAGAAGUCAUUAUCAAUCUAAUCAAAAAACGAGAUGAAAUCUUUGAUAACAUAGAAAAUAUGAAUAAAUUGGUGAACAUGUACAACAAAAUACUAGAUAAAAUGGACGCUUCAAUUGUCAGUAAUAUUUAGUUAUAUUAUUUAUUUACAUAAACCUUUGCAGAUUAAACUUUUUAUCCCACACAUAAAAAAAAGAAUUGUUUUCAAAAUAAAAAUAUAGAAAGAAAGAAAGAUAAAGAAAUUAAAAAAUGUAGAUAAUACGUUUUCAACAAAUUAUUUUAAUUUAUAUUUAGACUUUAGCGAUGGAUCGUCACUUGACCGAAAUAAAUCGUUCUUUACACCCGUGUUUAGUAAAACAAUAUACUUAUUUAACAAACCAUUUGCCGGAAUUUAUAAAUAAUGUUAUGACUUCUCUCAAUGAAUAUAAUAUAAUUUACGAUCGUGUCAAAUCGGUAAAUAUCAAUACAUGAUUAUUAAGAUAAUAAUUGCUUUUAUAAUAUUUGUGAAUUAUUAAUUAUAUUUAGAAAGAAAAUAUAAUUAAUAAACAAUUGAAGUUAAUUGAAAAUCUUGAAUUCUUUCCGGCAGAUUUCAAAGACGGUUAUGUUCAAGAGUUUCUUGUAUGUAUCUAUUUUAAUUUUCCAUGGUAUCCAUUUAGUUUAUCAGUACCUAACUAUCGUUUAUACUUAUUCAAAAUUGUAGAUAUGUAAUUGCUAAUUAAAUUUUAUGAAUAUGGUGUUAAUUUUAUUAUUAUUAUUUUUUUUUUUUAACGGCAGAAAAUGAUCGACGAAUGUAAGAUACAAAGAAAUAAAAACUUUUCAGAAAUAACGAUGGCAAUGGGCUACAUAUGUGAAGCAGUUAAUUUAAUAGAAAAAUUAUGUUGUGGUGGUGAAAUAGGUCAAAAUAAUAAGCAAAUGAGAUUGCUUUACGAAAAAUAUGAAAACGCCUUGUUCGAAGCUUUCACUACGUAUAAACAAUUCAGAGAAUAAAAUGCUUAAUAUCAUUACCUAUGUAAAUAUGAUAUUAUAAUAAAAUCUCAAAUGAAUUUCAGAAUGGUAUUAAACAAUUUAAAAGCGUUCAAAAAGAUGUUGAGUAAUGAUCGUUCUAUUUUCAUUAUUUACACUCAAAAGGACGAGAAAUUUAUCCUUCUACCCAAUAUCGAAAACAUAAUCAUUAAGUUCACAAGGGAAAUUGACGGUAUGCUGAACAUAAUGAAAUUAGUCAAGCCACACCGUUGGCUGAAGCAUAUUAAUACUCAAUGUCCUCUGGUUCAAAACGAGAAAAAUAGUGAUUUAAAAUUGUCUCAUUCGUUUUAUAACUCGGUAGUGACCAACACUAAUGUGUUCAACAUGAAAAAAGAAUGUUUUAAUUGCAUCAAACUAAUUGGUGAUCGAUUGAAAAUCACAUCCCAAAAGUAUUAUUAUAUUAACACCAAUUGGUAACAUUAUGUAGAUAAUAACUUUAAUAGUUUAUAUUAUUGUUUAAUAUAUAUAUGAAGGAGUCAGUAAUUGAAGGUGCUAAAAAAUGUUUAAAAUUGUUAAGUUAACACAGUGGUGGCACUUAGGUUUUUUAUAGGAGUGCCAAUGUUUAAGUAAGCCAAUUUUUUGGCCAAUCUACUGAAUCCUUCGUAUAUGAAAGUAUAAUUAUAUCAAUGAUAAUUAAUAACUUGACAUUUUACUAAACAUUUUUAAGUAUACGUUAAAUUUAAAAAAAAUACUCAAGCUGCUUUUUUGUAAAAAUUAAAUAUCCCGAAUAACAUUUUAAACAGUCUAUAGUAUUAGAAUUGGUGCCUUGGGGACUUUAUUUUAACGGAAAGAAAUAACCCAGAAAGUAAAAUAAUCGGAUAAUCCAACGAAAAGUUUUAAGUCCAUAUUAGUGCUAAAUAUGGACAUAUUUGUUAAAAGAUGAUGCAUUAUUUGCUCGCAGAUAUAUUGUAUUACAAUAUUAAAUAUCCAAUUCCCUAUACAUCUAUAACGCCUGGCGGUCAUUUACAUGUUGGAAAAUGUUUACAAUAUGUUAUAAAUAUUAGCUCUUAAUGAAUAAGAAAAUUUUUGAAUUUUCAUGAAUUGAAAAAUGGUGAUGUGAAGCGAAAUUUGAUAUUAAUUACUUUACUACUUAACUAAUAUAAAACAGUGUCGAUAUAACACUAUUUAUACAUUAAUACAAUUUAAAUACCCUAGAUAUAAAGCAUAAUUAAACAUUUAGGCUAUUACCUUGUGAACCUUUACUUUCAGUAUACCUAGGGUUAAAUCCAAACGCAAUCAUAGAUUAAUAAAUGAUCGUAUGGGUUCCAGAAGCAAUCAUGAAAAUUAAUAUUAUGUAAAUAUAUACAAACUAUAUAUACCACAUGUACAUAAGUAUCGCAAACAUAAAAUAAUUUCCUAAAUCUAAAAGUAAAAUCGGUUUGAAAGAUAAGUGCUUACUUUUAUUUGUAUAGAAUUGCGAAUACAGUGCUAAAUAAUAAGGAACGUAUUAAGCUAAAACUAAAAACUCGGAUGGCUCAAAAUUGAGACAGUCGGUAUUGUAAUAUCAGUGAUUGAAAAAAUAACUUUUUUAUAUAGCCUAUGAAAUAUAUAGGGAUUUAUGCAAAUAUCCCUAUGUAUUGUAUGAAUAUGCAAUAUAUUUAUGAAUUUUUAUAUAUUUACAUGAAUUCAUUUUUUAACAUUUGAUUUUUUUUUAUUAUUUCAUAAUUAAUAAGUUGACAAAAAAAAAACUAAAAUCAAGACAGCUAAAAUAUAAAUAAGGAUACGAAGUUUUCAAAACACAAAAAUUAAGAUAAUUUAAUUUUACAUAAUCAAUUAUUGUGUUCAGCGUUUUAUUUUUUGGCUAAAAAUAAUACGUAGAAAACAUUUGUAUGCAUUAUCGUAUAAUAUUCUUUUAAAAAAAAUUUCGUUUAUUAUAUUCAGUAUAUACAUAAAAACAAAAUAUCUACAUUAAAUCCAAUGAUGAGAUCUUACAUUUUUUUAGCGAAUAUGUAUACGCUUCAAAAUCUUAAAACGAAACAAACACCCAUCUUCCCUCCUACGAUUAAUUUAUACAUUUUUACUAGACUACAGAGUAACUUAUGUUUUCACUAAAUAUAUUUUUAAAUUAUCUAAUUGUUAUUGUUUUAUUUUAUUAAAUUGACAUCAAUUUUGAAGUUGAUUACAAUCAUUGUCUAAAUAUCAAAAUAUCAAUCAAAAUAUGAACCAUUAAUUUAAUUAAUUUGACUAAUUACUAAUAUACUAUACAAAUAUUCCUAUUAUAUUCUAUUAUCAAUAUCUGUAACAUAUCUACAAACAGGUAGACAAAUAUUUAUUAGUAAAUUUUGCUUCACAACCUAAUUUUCAAUUCAUGAAAAUUCAGACAUUUUUUUUUUAUCAAGAGCGCAUAUUUAUAACAUACUGUAAACGCCAGGCGUCAUAGAUGAAUAGGGAAUCAGAUAUUUAAUAUUAUAAUACAUUAUACCUCUGGGCAAGUAACACCGCAUCUUUUAACAAAUAUGUCCAUGCAUAAAACUAAUAACGACUUACCACUAAACAUAAUAAAUAAUACAUAAAAAAAAAAUACUAACUUACGAUUGUGAUUUUAAAUGUCAAAAGGAGGUGCAAUCAUUCCCCGAUACCCAAAUUAGUUUUAUUGUACGAACAACUUUUCUGCCAAAAUUCAUGCUCCAAUCAAAACAUGAAAAGAAAUUUUUCUGAUUGUAUUCGAUUAGUGAGAUAAGAGUAAAAGCAAUUUAGAAAUUUUCCUGAUCUAAUUUUGGACUUCUGGAACGUACUCAUGCAUACAUGAACAGAUUUUUGAUUUUUAAAUUUUUCUCCCCUUUUCCCUUGUACUCGACCAUAUUGUGUAUAAAUACAAUAUCUAUAUUUAAAUACAAAAGGCGUGGUACUUUUAUAAUAAUGUAUUAGUUUGUAACUAAAUCGAUAUUUUUCGUCAAUCUAAGGGGUAAAAUAUAGGUGAAUUAUUAACAAUCUCGAAGGGCACUGAUAAGAAAACCGUCCGUCACUAUUAUUGUAAAGUGUCCCAAAUUGUCGUUUAUAGUAUUUAAUUUUAAUAUAUAAAUUGUUUUCACGAAAUAUUUAAGGAGAGACCCCCGAAUGUAUUCCCAUACUUAUAAAAAUAACGUACUUAUGUAAAACUUGGUCACGAUUGAUCAAUCCGACGUGUUUUCAAAAGGGAAUAUUUGGACUUUGGGAUAGUUUUCCAGUUUUUUCUAUUUAAUUCUACAUCUAUUCUACUAUAAGUGUUAUACUAUACUAUAAGUUCCUUAUACACUUAGGUUAGUUUAAGUCGGAUUUUCUAUGAAAAGUAGUCAAAAAAAAAAUAUAACAUCCAAUUUAUUACAUUGAAAUAAAUUAUUCUACUAAUAUUCUAUAACCGAAAAAGACUGACUUUAUUAAUCAAAUAAAUCAUUUUGACCGCAUGCUGGUAAAAAUAUUUCUAAUGAUAUAUACAUGAAUAAUUUUAAAAAUUAAAUUAGGAUGAUUUUAAUAAUAAUUGCUACAAAAAUGCUUCCAAUAUUUUAUAUGCAAAAAUGUUGGGUGUUGGUGUGGUUAUUAACCUUUUAUGCCUGAGCUACUGAACGGAAUGACAAUUUGCAUAGAUAUAGUUCAAGCCCAGAACUAUGCAAUUAGUAAAUAUAAAAUUUCAACACCAACAUUUAAUAUUCUAUCUAUUUAUGAAAUUUUUAUAUAGGUUGCCGUUUGAAUAUCAAAGUAGGUAAGUAGUGGUUUUAUACCCAAAAAUAAGGCUGACAAAAAAUAACUUAAAUAUAAAAUUGUAGAUUUGCUUGUUUCUAAAAUAUUUUGUAAAAUAAAUGUCGAAAAUAUGUAAUACUUUCUGAGAUAAUGAGUGUUUUACGAUAGAUUGAAUACCCUGUAUACAUAUUGAAAAUAAAAUAUAUGAGAUCAUAUUUAUACUUGGAUAUUUUACUUGAUCUUAUUAAGAAUUCUGGUUGAUAGUGGUUUUGGAAAACUAUUACUAUCCUGUUUUGGAUCUUAUUUACGAAAUCGAAAACAAUAUGUAAAAGUAUUUGGGAGCAAGUCCAUGUCAUAUCCCAUGUCUCGUCUAGGGUACCUCAAAGGGGACAUCUUUUUCCAUUAAUUUUCUCCCUUUCUUUCAAUAGUAUCAAAAAUGUUAUCCGCGAAAGUAAAUUAUUAUUGUUUGCAGACGAUCUAAAAUUUUUCCUAAAAAUUAAUUGUAUAAAUUAUAAUUAUAAUGGUCUUGUAUCAGUUAUACCUAAUCGAUAUUGUUUAACUGAUAUUUGUAUAUGAUGUACAUAUUCUUGUAUCUGUAUCGAAUAUAGAUUUCAGAGAUUUGGUUUUCUUUUUGAAAAGAGAGAAGAAUUAAUGAUCAACCAGUUUGCAGCGACCAACCCAACUCCGAAAGAUUAUAAAGAAAAGUUAUUAUCGUUUGUUUCCAUAUUGAAAAGUUUGGAAAAACACCCGCACGUGGACGUGGGCUGUAUGCGACUCAACCAUUCUGAAUAUAACAUGAUAAUUAAAGAACGAUGUGAUUUGUGGUACUCAAUUUAUGGAAAACAAUUCAUACUCGAAUGUGAACAUACGAUAACAACGUUUAUGGACAAAAUUAUGGUAAAUAAAAAUAGAGAAUUUGAUAGUAUAACUCAGUGGCAUAUUUGAGGGGGAUCCAUUCAUCACCCCCCCUUGACAUUUUUUUAUCAGGGUUAUAGACAAUAAAAUAAUAUAAUACCUACUUAUAACCGUGUUUUUUAUUAUUUCUUGAGUAUUCUUAUCAGCAUUACCAAAAAGUAGUGAUAAUGAUAUAAUUAGGGCAAUUUUUUGUAUAGGGAUAUUGUUUUUUCUUUUAGAUUCUGAGUGCAACGGGGAAUGUAUUGGUCAAGCAUGUAUACAAGUGGGGGUUCAAUCAUCCUCCCCCCCACGACAGUUAAUAGUUGUGGAAUUUAUUUAUAUAAAUUUAAUAAAUUUUUUAUAAAUAUUGAUAAUAUUGAUUAUUUUACAUUUUUAAUGAACCCCCCCCCCCCCCAAUUUUAUUUUGUGUACGUGCCUGCCUUACAUAUUUACUUACCAAUUAUUAAACUUUAAUUGAAACAUAUACUAUUAAAUAUAAUGAUAUCUGUUUCAAUUACAUAAGAUUCUGAAUGUAUAGAGAAGAAUGAAUUGGUUUUACAAAGAUUUCAUUUUUUUUUUUUUUAACCACUAGAAAUCUUGCUCCCAUAUGUAAGUGUGGCCCCAUUUCUGAAAGAAAAUAUUAUCUAGAUGGUAUUUUAAGAAGGUAAUUUAUUCAUACCUGGGAAAAACCAGGAUAAAAUAUAAAUGAGGAAGGGAAUUUACAAAAAUAAUGCAUUUGUAAUUCAGUUAAAAAUAUUCAUAGUGACUUAAAAUUUGAACAGAAAAUUUAAAUUUGCCUUUUCUGGACAAGGUAAAACUAUAAAAAUAUUUGAGCCAUUUUUGAGUUUUUAUAGACAAUUUAAUUUUGGGAGUAAUUUUUAUUUGGUAGGUACUCUAUGGAUAAAAUUGUUAGACAAAACAGAAAUGCCUGAAAAUUUAACAGGAAAUUCAUUAGAAGUUGUCAUUUGUAAUAAAAAUAAAAAUAAAUUGAGUUGAAUGAUUUUUUUUUUUAUAUAAGAAUUUGACAAAAAAAGUUUUGGUAAACAAAUUUAUGUAGUAUAAAUCUAGUUACUAGUCCAUAUAAAUUAUUUCAAUAUAUAUUUAUUUUAUUAUAAUAUUACAUAUUAUAUAUACAUUGCAGAAUCGUUUUUCAUAAGCAAUGAUUUAUCUUUGCUAAUAGUUAUACAUUAAAUUCCUCUCUAUAUGCUUCCUUCUCAACUUCUCAUCUACAACAGUAGUCCACCCAUCAUGGAAAGUAAUUCUUUUUUCCCCACAAUUGUAUAAAAUGUUCAUGGUAUACCUCUUAGCUAUAUAUUUUUUAUGUAAUGAAUAUACAAUGAAAAAAAAAAACCUGUCAAUACAACAUAUUAUUAUUAUUUUAUAGACACUAAAGAAUCUAUUAAACUACCAUUUUCGUGAUGUUCAAGGAAUAUUCAUAGUAGAAAAUACAAUUAAAGAAAUCAAAGAAAUGAUUUUUCAGGCGGAACUUAAUAUUCAGGAAAUAAAUUAUCGAUUCUACUUUUUGGGAAAACAUCAAAUUAUUGUAAAUAAUAAUAAAAAAAUAAUUUAUCCAAUUUUUAAAUAUAACAAAUGAAAUUUUGUGAACUAUUAGAUACCAGAGAAUCAAUUGAAGCAAUUUAAACAAUUAAAAACAAAUUGGCACAAUUUAUACCAAGAAGCAAUAAAGAAGAAUUUGUGUAUAGAAGACGCUAAACUGGCCAUUGUUUGA